GUUGGUUUCUGACUCAUUUACUGUGUGGAAGUCAAUAUGAAGAUGACAAAGCAAUUACACAUGAAAGUAAUUGCUAGAGAAACCUUGUAAAGGCUAAUGCAAAAUGAGGAUUAUUGUGAAUGUAACUUUUAUUGACUGAGAUACCAACAUGUAGCAAUAUGUAAUACUCUUUUUGUUGUUUCUCUCUCACUUCUUUAUGAAAAGGUAAUGAAGGAAGGUCAGGGUUGGGAGUCGCCCAGGGAACCUUAUGAAGUUAAAGCUUGGAUUUCUGCUAUGACAGGUGAUGGGAAGUUACUUCUCUCACAUACAGAAGAACCAUACUUUUUUACUUUUGGGAAAUCUGAGGUACCUAAAGGUCUUGAGAUGGGAAUAGGAACAAUGGCUCAUGAAGAGAAGGCAGUAAUAUAUGUCACUAGUCAGUACCUAACUGAGUCUCCUCUAAUGCCUGUGGUAGAAGGUCAUGAAGAGGUUCAAUUUGAAGUGGAGCUUGUCCAUUUUAUCCAGGUGAGAGACAUGCUUGGAGAUGGGCGCCUAAUCAAACGCAGACUUCGUGAUGGAAAAGGUGAGUUUCCUAUGGAUUGCCCACUUCAUGACAGUCUCUUACGUGCCCACUAUAAGGGCAGCCUUCUUAAUGAAGAAAAGACUGUCUUCUAUGAUACUAGAGUCGAUAACAAUGGUGACCCUUUAGAGUUCUGUUCUGGAGAAGGGCUAGUGCCUGAGGGAUUUGAAAUGUGUGUUCGUUUGAUGCUUCCUGAGGAGAUUGCCCUGGUCACAUGCCCUCCUGAUUAUGCAUAUGACAAAUUUCCUAGGCCAACUAAUGUUCCUGAAGGUGCUCAUGUUCAAUGGGAAAUUGAGCUUCUUGGUUUUGAGAUGCCAAAGGACUGGACAGGUAUGACAUUCCAGGGCAUAAUGGAUGAAGCGGAGAAGAUUAGAGUCACGGGUAACAGACUCUUUAAAGAAGGAAAGUUUGAACUUGCCAAAGCAAAAUAUGAGAAGGUGCUACGGGAAUUUAAUCAUGUUAAUCCACAAACUGAUGAAGAUGGAAAGGUGUUUUCAGAUACAAGAAAUCUGUUGCAUCUGAAUGUUGCUGCUUGCCUCCUCAAAUUGGGAGAAUGCAGAAAGUCCAUUGAAGCCUGCAAUAAGGUUUUGGAUGCAAACCCUGCACAUGUUAAAGGGCUGUAUCGUCGUGGGAUGGCCUACCUGGCAGCAGGAGAUUUUGAGGAAGCAAGAAAUGAUUUUGAAAUGAUGAUAAAAACUGAUAAAUUAUCAGAACCAGAUGCAAUGGCAGCACUUACAAAAUUGAAAAGGAUGGAGCAGGAAGCAGAGAAAAAAGUUCGAAAACAAUUUAAAGGACUAUUUGACAAGAAACCGGGAGAAAUUGCAGAGGUUAAGACAGAAGACAAUAGUGGAGAUCAAACUCAAGGUCAGAUCACUGAAAAACAGAUGAGUGACGUUCAAGAGUCCUCAGAUUGCAAUGAGUCUGAGGGUUCGCUCGAUGGUGCAGCUCAUGCACCUCAAAUGGGCUGGUUCUACCAUUUUUGGUCCUCUGGUAGAAGACUAUUUUCAGCUCAAGGCCUUCAGAAAAGUACCAUUCUCUUUCUUCUUGUAGCUGCAAUCUCAAUUGUCAUACUCCAGCUUACUAACACAAUGCCAGCAGUCGCUGCAUAGUUCCAUAAAAUUUACUUGGCUUAGGGACAGAUAAAAACUAUAAAUCUAAUUUGUUUGUUUGUAGUACAAAAAGAGAUCUGGAUUUUUGAGAUAAAACUGUAAAAUAAUUACGAAGCUGGUUGUCGUCCUUCGUUUGUCUUAUACUGAACAACUUUUCAUCGUUUGUGUCGCCUAGAUGCCUCACUCUGGCUCCAGGCUGUUAACUAAAUUUUUUCGCUUGUUCAUGUGUUGCCUCUCAUAUCUGUUGAGGACAUGAUUAUGUAAAUAUUAAUAGGAACAAUACAGAAAUCAGAGAGAUGUAUGUAACCCGAGUCUCUAAUCUUAGAAGUCUCUUGCAUCACAUUUAAACUCUCUGUUUUUUCAUCAAUGAUUUAUUAAUUUAAGUAAAAAGAGUUUAGUUUU